UUUGGUAGCCGACCUUGGCCGGUUUUGGAAAUUGGACCUGGUAAACCUGUCCGUAGCUGUUGUAUCCUUCUUUCAGUCUCUCUCUUUCAUUUCUCUCCUCAGAUUUUAUGUUCUUAUCUAAUGUCCCUCUUGUGCUCAUGUCAUUACCCCUCCCUACUGUAAUUAUACCUCUCCUUUUUACAUUUCCUCCUCAGCUUCUCCCUCUUUUUUUGAACUAAAUGACACUUUCGGUUUCCUUUAUUGCUCCUCCCCCUUGUGCUCACACCCAGUUCUUCCCAUACUCUCCCUAUGUAUAGUGCCCUUCCCUUGCUUUAUCUCAGCAGCCGUGCAGACACCUAUCUGCUACUGAGACACCUGCUACUGAGACACCUAUCUGCUACUCUGGGCUCCGCCCCUCCCUGUCACGCAACACUUCACACUUUUCAUUUGUGGCGGGAAGUGAGAGUCCAGCCCACACGGGGCGGAGCUAAUUCUGCGCGCCUCAAGGAAAUACCACGAAGUGUGUGUGACAGGGCACUGGCGGAGCCCACAGACAGGGCACGGGCAGAGCUCACAGGCUCCUCGCUGCUGACUUGGCGCUGACUUGCUGACAGGACUGGGCCGCAGGAGAGGGAAUGGCACAGGCAGAGCCUAUAAGGACCCCAUUGGAGGAAAAAGCCGCGGGGGCGGUACUAGGGGCCCUAAAGAAGCUCAAUAAGAAGAAGUUCAGUUUAGUAAAGAAGAAGCUGAAGGACAGGGAGGGCGGGAAUGAGCGGCUCCCAGAGAGGAGCCUGCAGUGCGCAAACAGGACUGAGCUCGCCGAUCUCAUUAUCCAGCACUAUGAGGCGCACUAUGGGGUAGAACUGCUGCAGCAGGUGCUGGGGGAUGUUGGGGAGCAAGAACGGAGCAGGGAGCUGGGGGAAUACCUGGAGCAGGAGGGAACUUCAUUCAGGAGCUGGUGGAAAUGGAAGUCACGUUUCCCUCACUUGUCUCCCCAUGACUUGUCCCAGGCAGGAUUCUACUAUGUGGGGCCUGGGGACCGGGUGCGGUGUUUCUCCUGUGGGGGAGAGUUGGAGAACUGGCAGCCUGGGGAUGUGCCCCUCACCCGACACCAACAAUCCUUCCCUGACUGUCCCUAUGUGCGGGGUAAGAUGGGAAUAGACGCGGGAAUAGUGGGACCAAUGCAGAAAUUAUCCCUAAAGGAUCAGCCCGUCCCCCCGGAGAUGGCAGAGGAAUGGGGGAGGUUGGGCACCUACAGAUCAGGGCCCUGGUACCCAGGAGAGGAGCCCAAGCCGGGACAGAGCGGUAUAAAGAUGAAUCCUCACCCAGUUGGUGGUGUUGAUCCUCAGUUGCAGCAAAAGAAAGAAUCUUUUUCAGCUGCCGGGGUGGGACCUUCUGUGUAUGAACCACAGGGACCAUUAACAGGUGGCGGUAUCCAACAUCAGGGACCUAUUCCGGGUGGUAAUAUUUUGUUUCCGAUGCGUCUUGUGGAAACAUUUUAUUCAGGCCGCACAGAAGGCGGUAUCUAUAAUCAGGAACCUUUUCCAGGUAGUGAGAUUAUUUUUCCUGUAGGUAUUACAGUUACAGUUCAGCAAUUGGUUACAAUCCAGCCAGGCCCCACAGUUGGUGUUGUUGAUCCUCAGGUGCAGACAAUAAAAGGAUCUUCUACAGGUCAGGAAAAAAGAUCUUCAGCAAUGGAAGGGGGAGCUACCGAAGUGCAGAAAGUGUCAUCCAUUAACUGGCUCAGAGGAAGCACAGUGAAAUGUGAGCUCUGUGGAGAGAUCCCCCUUAUAUUACAUUUUAGCGCUCCCAUGUACGGGCGUACAUUCAGAGCACAUCUGCCAUGGAAAGGACUCUUCCGCUGCGCUGAAACAGGAAUACAGUUUCUUGUCAAUACUCCAGCCGUUAUUGACUUUGAACUUGUUUCCUGGGCAAAUUACUUGAAAUACCUGCAGGAAAACAGAUUAGAGACUGUGGGCCCUCUGUUUAACAUCAAUGUUCUGCUUGGGCAGGUGUCAGCCGUGUAUCUACCUCACUACGUGUGUCUGAGUGGUCGAGAUGUCGAUCUUAAGAAGUUUAAAAUCGUUCAUUACAAAUCGAACGGCAUGACCCUGGAAUCACCAUCGAAAACGGAACCUUUUUAUGUCACACUGGAGAAUCCCACCUUCUCCUUUAUUGGAGUUGUCUAUAAAGUAGCAAGUCUAUUUCGGACUAAAAUCCCGGCUCAUGGAGUUGUCUUGAUAUACGGCAGAUUCAUCAAAGGUUAUACCAUUCACCUGUACUUUUUGCCACAAGACCCCUCAAUAAAGCAGAUUGUGCACAAGAAGGAGACCGACAAUGGAUUUUUUUGGUUGGACAAACCCCCACUGACAAGAACUGUGUACACUCAAAGAAAAUACGUUGUACAAGGACCAAACAAUGCAAAAAUACAGCCAGAGGAUCUCAAGCUGCGUUUUGAUGCCAAACCAGAGUUGUACAAUUAUAGUGAGAUUUACCUUCCAGAGGUAAAUGAAGAAGAAAUUAAGUUAAGGGUGACAACCGAAAGGGAUGAGAAAUCUGUGUGGUGUGCUGUGCUAAGGAAAGAAGAGCUAAUGUCAGGACAACAGACAGCAGCAGGUGGGCAGCACUUUGUGGAUAAGCACAGAACAGAGCUCAUUGAUAGGAUUUCCAACAUUGAUCCUGUCCUGGAUGAGCUUUUAGGGCAUCAAAUCCUGACCCAGGAACAGUACGACACUGUGAGAAGCAACAUCACCUGCCAGAAGAGGAUGAGACAACUCUAUGAUUAUGUGAAGGCCUGGGGGAAUUAUCAGAAGGAUGUGUUUGUUACAUUUAUUCAACAACACAAUCAUUCUCUAAUUAGGGAUCUGAAAAACAAAUGAGUGUCGCCUGAUGUUAGUAAGUCCAAAUCAACCACUCUGGAGAACCAAUAUCAUCAAGCAAGUGAUCAUUUAUUUAGCACUACAUGUUUCGGAUCUAUCUGAUCCUUCCUCAGGUGCCAGUGUUCAUAGUGUACAUAACCCAAUAGCCCAGAAUUUAAACACAAGGAUACACACAAUGUGGCCAGACAUCAUCAAUUACAUUAACAAAUUCAAAUGCAGUACUGCCCUCCAGGGGCCUCCUCCAGAAAUACAAGACACUUGAGGCAAUUGUUACAAUAGUAUCUGUAUAAACAUUGUUGCAAAUCUUUCCUACCUGUUACAAUCAAUCAGUAGAUUCAAUGUUGCAAAUGUUCAUUUCCUGGAAUAAACAAAGAGCUUUA